CAUCGACAUCAACUUCCACUGCAAAGCUCCCCAGCACCGUAGCAAGCUCCAUUGACGCACGAGGAGUGGUGUAGAGAGACAACCAAAACGAAGAUUAAAGGGUUAUCCCCCCAGAUCCCUUCCCUCUUCCCGCGUCCGACCUCUCUCCACUCUUUGACCAUUCCAGACACAAUGGCGACCAUCUGUCGCCUCGCCAGCCGCGGCGCCAGACGCCUCAGCCCGCGACAACCCACCCUCCCGCCGGCGUCCCCCAUCCGAGCCUUCUCCGCGGCCGCCCUCCGGCGACACGCCGCACCAGCACCACCACCCCUCUCGGCCCAGGAGGGCACGCGCCUCAUACCGACGGACGAGACCUUCGGCCUGGGGGUGGACCCGUUCGGCGGCAGGGGUGGCGGGACGGGAGGCGCAGAGGAGGCGGCGAAGGAGCCGCCGGCGGGGGACGACUCGGUCGCGCAGCGCAAGGUGCGGCACUACACGGUCAACUUUGGGCCGCAGCACCCGGCGGCGCACGGCGUGCUGCGGCUGAUCCUGGAGCUGACGGGCGAGGAGAUUGUGCGGGCGGACCCGCACGUCGGCUUGCUGCACCGCGGCACCGAGAAGCUGUGCGAGUACAAGACGUACCUGCAGGCGCUGCCGUACUUUGACCGCCUCGACUACGUCUCCAUGAUGACCAACGAGCAGUGCUUCAGUCUCGCCGUCGAGAAGCUGCUCAACAUCGAGAUCCCUGAGCGGGCGAAGUGGAUCAGGACGCUGUUUGGAGAGAUCACGAGAGUCCUGAACCACCUCAUGAGUGUGCUCUCGCACGCCAUGGACGUCGGUGCUCUGACGCCUUUCCUGUGGGGUUUCGAGGAACGAGAGAAGCUGAUGGAAUUCUAUGAGCGAGUCUCGGGUGCACGCCUCCACGCCGCGUACGUCAGGCCCGGCGGUGUUCACCAAGACAUCCCGAUCGGCCUUCUCGAUGAUAUCUACCAAUGGGCCACGCAGUUUGGCGACCGUAUCGAUGAGACUGAAGAAAUGCUGACGGACAACCGGAUCUGGAUCAACCGUCUCAAGGGCAUCGGCGUCAUCUCGGCCGCGGACGCGCUGAACCUGUCCUUUACUGGCGUCAUGCUCCGCGGCUCGGGUGUCCCGUGGGAUAUUCGGAAGAGCGCCCCCUACGACGCGUACGACCAGGUCGAGUUCGACGUGCCGGUCGGCGUGAACGGCGACUGCUACGACAGGUAUCUCUGCCGGAUGGAGGAAUUCCGCCAGUCGCUCCGCAUCAUCCACCAGUGCCUGAAUAAGAUGCCCGCCGGCCCUGUGCGAGUCGAGGACUACAAGAUCUCGCCCCCUCCGCGUACCGCCAUGAAGGAGAACAUGGAGGCCCUGAUCCACCACUUCCUCCUAUACACCAAGGGCUACGCCGUCCCCCCCGGCGACACCUACUCGGCUAUCGAGGCGCCAAAGGGUGAGAUGGGCGUCUAUGUGGUCAGCGACGGGAGCGAGAGGCCGUAUCGUGUCCACAUCCGGGCGCCGGGCUUUGCCCACUUGGCUGGCUUCGACCACGUCUCCAAGGGACAUCUUCUGGCCGAUGCCGUUGCCGUUAUCGGCACGAUGGACUUGGUGUUCGGUGAGGUCGACCGGUAACGAAGGGACCAGGUAGAUAUGGCCAGGUUGCUCGCGAUGAUGUGUGUUUGAGGGUCAGUCGGUCGGAAGAUAAAACUCCAUAUU